AUGAGUGUUGUCGCCAGUAGACCCGAGAGCGCUGCUGUGCCUUACACCACUACCUACCAACAACACGACCCCCAGGACCAGUGCGUGCAUGGGUACCAGGAUUCUGCAUUCCCAGUCACGGUGCAUCCCGUUGGAUCUCGAAAUUCCUCCGUCUCCUCCUUCAAGACCAAUUACAGUGUAUCCACGGCCCCGACCAGUAUCUGCUCCCCUACCUCCCCUGUCUCGCCAUACCGUCAGUUCGACUCUGCAGCCUCGCUGGACAAGAUCUUGGAGCCGGUCUUCAAACGAGUACCCCAGGAAGUGUACGAUGUCAUUCUUGAUCAAUUGCAGCUGCUCCACACAACCUCGCACCAGUCGUCGGGCUGCUUAACUUGCUACCAACGCGACCUGCACUCCCUAUCCCUGACCUGCCGGCCCUGGGAGAAGGCAGUUCGGGCUAAGCUUUACAAUCGUAUUCACAUCAUCGGAAACGACUCUCCGGCCCAACUAAAGAAAUACAAACUGAAGAGAGGAAGCCGUUUGAAGCUGUUGAGACGCACCCUUCGGGAGAGAAAAUUGCUGGCCAAUCUCGUCCUGGAGCUCCGCGUUCCCCAGCUGGACUUGCUCUUCACAACAAGCAAGCACAGCACACAAUGGCAGGAAUACCGAGACUUGGUCGCCUCCGUCGUGAUGGUCUGCCCCAACCUGGAACGGCUGCAGGGCUUGACCAUCGCUUACAACCACGAGUUUGACCGAUUGACCCACGCAUUGUCCACCAGGAAGAAGCUCAAGGAACACACAUGGAUUUUGGGUGAGGCCCCGGAGGCCUCAGAAGUGUCUCCCCGUAGCACCUCCUGCCCGGGCAGUCUUGGACCCAUGCAGAUGUUCGAGUUUCUUGACUAUCACGUUUCGUGGACAAAUCUAGAAACCCUGGCGCUCUAUGGCUUGAGUGAAGGCAGUGCCUUGGAACCAAGCGUCUUUCUUCGCAUGUUCCACCUCUUGCCAUCGCUGCGUCAUCUCUGUAUAUCAUCCUUCAACGCAGACGCUUUUGCCGACAGCGCUUUACUGUGCCUGCCGCCUCUCGAGUCACUUCGGCUGGAGAACCUGCCGGGCAUCACUGACAGUGGUUUAUCGCAGUACACGUCGAACCCCGAAUCACACAACCUCAAGUGUCUUACCCUGAUCGAGCAGAACGUCGAGUCCCUGCUUGUGAUUUCUAAGAUCCUGGCAUCUCUUCGUCAGCUAGAACGGUUCAAAAUUGUGCAAGCUGACAAGUGUCCGACAUUGGAUACCGACGAGAUGGUUUUCCAGCCACUUCUGGCCUCGUCGAGCCUGAAGUAUCUCCAUUGGGAUGUCGCCUGUCCGAACCCUGGAACUGCUCUCAGCAGACUUGAUUUCCUCCCAUUCAUGAAGCCGCCCAAGCAUAUCGAAACCCCCAACUCUCACCUCGCCCAAAGUAUUCUCUCCACAGGCUUCCCUCGGUUAGAAGCCCUCCGUGCACCAAAUGAUGUUGAACCGCCAGGAGUGCUACAGGCUGUCUGCCAACCUAUACCCAGAGGACAAGCCCUGCUACAACCAGACCGAUACAGUCUUCCCCGAAGCUCGCACGGCUCAGUCAGCACCCGACCAAAGGCCCUUCCUGCCGGGAACAAUUUGACAUCUGCUCGGAUACGGGCUCAAACAUUCAUCGACAUGGCCGCCAAGGACACGGAAACGGGGAUGCAAGUCCUUAUUACAGACCAUUCCGACUCCUAUGUGCCCGACUGUGCCUUGGACGCCUCCUCUGACGACGAAUCGGAAGACCUGGAGAUGGAUGAAUUCGGGAUGUGGGAAUCACGGGAGAGACUCAAAGCCAAUGGCCCUCCGGAAGAUCACGAUGGACCGAUAACCGUGUACGACUUUCGAAUGCCUGCAUAUAUGGGUCGGGUAGGUAGCAGAACAAAGAAAAACAAUGUGGCUAUCCCACGUUUUGUUCUACGCCCCGAUUUACCUGGACAAGAAGCAGAUGGAGGCUUGGUUGGGUGGAAACACAUUCUGGCCUCGAAUCAAUCGCUGACAUACGCUGCCGGCGUUGGCGUGAAUUGCUUUGGCAACCGGAACCCCCCAGCUCCUCCUCCUGAAGAACCUCCAUCUCCAGCAUCAACCACGACUACUCGGUUUGGAUGGGGAAGCAUUAGCAGCCGUUCAACAAUGGCUUCCAGCCCGGUGACGCCUCCUACUCCAUCCACACCUAUGAGCUUUUCGUCCACAUCUUUACCUUGGGAAAAGGAUACCUGCAACGGAUCGUGGAAUUCCAGCCAUAAGAGUGGCAGGGAUUGGUGGUCUCACAUCGAACGCGAACGUCCCGCUAAUGUCGAGGUUAUCGAUCUCAAAUGGCUCUUUUAA